CGUUACGAUCGAAAUUGAUCAGGUGAUGUGCUACUCGUCUUUCGCUCGAACUAUUCCGAAUACUUCCAAAUCACGCUGAUAAGGGAUCAGGCUGAUAUGGGUACCUGUGCACUGUAGGGAACUACAUGGCUGUUGAGUUAGCAAAGCAAAGAAUCCCCAACAAACUUUUCACCGAUUUAUUAGCACUCCUCUAAAAGUAUGAUUCAUUUAAUAAUUUUUCAAAAAUAGCACCGCUUACCUGUAAUUAGUUUGCUACUCCAUUAAACUGAAAUCGUAUCUUAUUUCACAGCGCUCUCAUGCUCUCUUACAUUUUGUUGAAGUGCACAGUUGUGUACUUACCAAAUAGUACACACAUAAACCCAUCAAUGCCCUCUUGGGGAAAUAUACAAGCACAUAUGCUCUGUAGCCUCUCAUUUGCGCAUAUAGCACGCACUCAGUUUACAACAAUUUUGUGGCGCUUUGGCGCUUGCAACUUUUUGCUGCUUUCAGAAUUUAUUUGCAUAUAAAAGCGACUGGACGCGGCGAACGCACUCGCGCGAACACACAUCCUCCAGAUGCCAAUCAUGAGCGACAACGAGCAAAAUUAUUCGACUAGUAGAGUGUGAAAUAAUCAAUGAGUUUUCAGUUGUACAGUGGCUGUCAAAAGCGUCAGACGGAUAUGAAUUUCAUGGUGUCUCGAAUGCGAGUGGGAGGUCAAGAAGUGGUCUAAUUUUCGUUGACGUCGUGGUCGCGCUAUCGCAACGUGACUUUUUACACUGUUAAAUAUUCGAAUAAAUGCGAAGAAUAUAGCACUUACUUUUAUUUAACAGCUUAGGCUAUCUGUCCGCUGCAUCGUUUGAUGGGUUUGUUUUUAAUGCGUCUCGAAGUAUGUAAUAUGAGUAUUAUCGCCUGCAUUCUAUGCAUUUGAGUGUCAUAUUAUGUAAACAAUUUGUGAUUAUGAAUAAAAUAAAGAAUUUAUUUGGAAGAAAAGCUUGUUAGACGUUCGAAUUAUUGCCGCUCUGUUAAGUGUACUCAGUACGUACGCAUCGGCAGAUUAGUGUGUUUACGAUAAUCAGAGCGGCAUGUAAAAUGCGCGCAACGAAAAGUGAUAACAAUGCGCUAGCGCAACGACUAAAACAACAAGAACAACAAGAACAACAAAGUCCAUCUUCAUAUGACCCGCGUUGCAACAGUAAAAUCGCUUAUUGCCGUGCUUUUCCUGACUGGCAAUUGAGUUGCCUCAAAGCCGAAAACGCUUCAAACGAGAUAACAAACAAAGUAACUACAACUCGAGAAUCACCACAACAAUUACAUCAUUUACUACAACGAUACUACAUGGUUUACCCCGUAAUCCAACAGUCAGCGAUCAGCCUCGGCAAACGCCUCUGUGUACACUCUAGUCGGCUACUUACACGCCACAAACUUAAGCCUGCGGGUUAUCAGCAAAGUUCAACGGCAACUAUUAAUAAGAAAAACCUGACAAGAACAGCACAUCACAUUGUUAUCAACACUUUUAACACUGCCAGCAGUCAUGGGCAUCACCUACACACAAAUAGCAAACGCUGCCUGACGCGCUCACCUUCCAUAGUCCUACUUACACUGCUGCUCUUGUGGUUUUCGCACUUAAUUGGCAGCUCGUGUGCCGCUCCACAAUCCUGUGUACUCUGUGAUAUCACCGAUUUCAAUGAUCAAGCAUCGAAUGCACACGCCUAUGAGGAAUAUCAUUUUGAGCAUCAAGUGACGCGCGUGGAAGCGAUCACGGCGUUAAAGGCGUUCAAUGCCAGCAAUUAUGGGGAACCUUCCGGUUGUGCGAUCAGCUGUUCGCAGAAGGUGAUGAAAUAUUGCCUGGGGCCGCAAUUCAUCAACGAUCAUUGCUGGUGUGAACUGGGGCACACAGAAGAGGGUCUCCCAUUUGUACCACACAUUUGCUAUGUGGGUGAGAAGAACUAUAAGGCUGCUGUAGGCUCCUGUUAUUUCUAUGAACAGGUGAAGGAGUGCUGUUGUGCGCCAGCUUUAGCUAAGCAAUGGCGACACAUUUCUACAGCUCCUCAACAGACGAGUGCUAGUUCCUUACUGCUGCUAACUAUAGUAGCGCUUAUCUUCAACGUCGCACGCAGACAUUUCAUUAAAUAAGCUUUACAAUUAGAAAUUUAAACUUUAUUUUAGUUUGAUGUUUUUAAAACAAGAAACCAAAACUUAAAUAUUUACUUAUGUGACGUAGCCGUCAUUCGAAGCACACAUUAGUCAGUGUAACAGAAAACGAGUGUGUUAAAAACUAGUUUUAACUCAACUUUUUGAAGCUGAAAGUUGUCGUGGAAACUUUUUUAGAAAACACAUUAAAAAAACAACGCCAUAUUUCAUGUAACUGCAAAAAUUGCGUAUAAUGGAAUUUAGAAUAUAAAUAUUCUGAAAUUUAUUGUUUGUUUUUAUUGGGGUGUAAAUAUUGCCAACUCUUAACGCAAGUGUACAAUUAACCAAUUAUUUUGUUGUCAUAAAUGGAUGCUGUUGUCAUAAUUUCGAACUUAAGAAUGUUUUUAAUUAAUUUUAAAUUAUCGUAAGUACAAGUGUAUGAAUAUAUGUUUAAUGUAUGUUUUAUUGUAUAAACAAAACGAAAUCAAAAUUGUAGUAUGAAUGCGUAGUAGUCUGUAAUUAUACUAAAUUUCGUUAAGUUAUUGAAAACAAAAUAUUAUUUUCGUAUAAAUAAAAUGAAUGUACAAGAUAAA